UGAGCUUAUAUACGAAAUUCAACCAGAGUUUCACACAUCAUCUGCAGUGUGAAAAUGGUGGAUUUUGGAGAGAUUCUGAGGACCAUCGGAGAGUUUGGCUUCUUCCAGAAGCUCACUCUGAUUGCGUUAGCCUUCCCAAAUUUCUUUUUACCCAUCUUAUUUUGCAGUUUUCUUUUUAUCCAGUCUGAUCCAGAGCGACACUGUAACACAGACUGGAUCCUUCAGGCUGACUCCAACCUGACCACAGAUGAGCAGCUGAACCUGACUCUGCCCCGGGAGGAGGAUGGGACCUUCAGCAGGUGUCAGAUGUUUGUCCCUGUGGACUGGGACAUCGGGGCCAUCAGGGAGUACGGACUCAAUGAGACCACAGGGUGCAGGAAUGGAUGGGUUUACUACAACACGACGUAUGAUGCCACCAUAAUCACUGAUUUUGAUCUAGUUUGUGACAAAGCUAACUUUGUGGAAGUGAUACAAGCAGUGGUCAUGGCCGGUGUUCUUGUUGGUUCUGUUAUAUUUGGACCUUUUGCUGAAUCAUUUGGUCGCAAACGAGCAACUCAAAUUACAGCAGUUCUAUUGUUCAUAUUUACUGUAACAAUAGCACUAUCCCCCAAUGUCUACUUAUACUUAGCAUCCAUGUUCAUGGUGGGAGUUGCAGGGGGAGGCUAUCGAAUCAACUGCAUUAUACUGGCCACUGAGUGGAUCGGGCCGUCCAAAAGAUCGUGGGGAGCAUGUGUGACUCAGUUAUUUGAUGCAGUUGGACAGUGCGUCGUCGCUGGUCUGAUCUAUUUCAUCAGAGACUGGAGACUGGCUCAACUAAUCACCGCAUCUCCAAUGCUUGUGGUUGUUUUCUACAUAUGGUUCAUUCCAGAGUCAGCCAGAUGGUUGUUAAGCAGAGGAAGGACAGAAGAGGCCAAACAGCUGAUCGUCAAGGCGGCCGCCAUCAACAAACGCACUGUUCCACACUCUCUUCUAAACAAUAUUGCUGUGAAAGAGGUUGGGAACAAAGGAGGCAUUAAAGUUAUUUUCAGAUUACCUGUACUGACUAAAUAUAUCUUCAUCAUAACAUUGGCAUGGUUUUCACUGAGCCUUUCCAUCUACUACUUGUACUUCAAUAUGGGAAACCUCGGCUUCAGUAUCUUUCUGACACAGUUCUUGUUUGGUGCUAUUGAAAUACCAGCUCAAACUCUGUGUAUGUGGCUGCUGGAGGUUUUUGGCAGAAAGAAAAUAUUUGUAGCAACACUUCUGACAGGAGGACUCUCUUGCAUACUUAUCCUGGCUGUUCAAGGAUAUGCCAUUGCCAUUAUGUCCUUAGCUGUUGUGGCACGUUUUUUCCUGCUCUCCAGUAUUACUACAUGUAAUGUUUUUGUUCAGGAGCUGUUUCCAACAUCUGUUAGACAAACAGCCACAGCUUUAGGAUCCAUAUCAGGAAGAGUAGGUGGAUUACUGGCUCCUCUGCUCAACAUCUUGGCCAUGUACCACUGGGCCAUACCCACCAUAGUCUUCAGCAGCUUAAUUCUCCUCAGUGGAGCUCUCUGUUUCAUGCUUCCUGAGACCAGGAGAAAAGAGCUUCCUGAGUCAGUCGAUGAGGCCGAGUUCAACAGCUAA